AUGUUAGGGUUAAAGAAUUCAGCCUCAUUCUCAUCAAUUCCUUCUUCUCUCCAUCAUCUACCCUUGUUGCCUUUCCCCACCAGUUCCCUCUCCCUUUUCAAACCUCGAAAACCACGCCCAAUUCCUCCUUUGUUUGCAUCUAACAACAACGACAAUGGGGUUAAAAAGGAAAAAGAGGGCAAAAAGAAAUUACAAGAAGAAUCAUCACAAGAACCCCUUUUUGGUUUGAAUUUCAAUUGGAGUAAACGGCUUCUAGAACCAGAUCCAGAUAAUGUCCUUGCACUUGGAUUAACUGGUCUUCUCACAUGGGCAAGUGUUCAAGUUUUGUGGCAACUUUUAUUUAUCUCUUUUGCUAUUCUUUUUGCUGCCCUUAAAUACUCUUUCAUUGCUGCUCUUCUCAUUUUCAUUCUCAUCGCCCUUCUCUAA